AUGCUGCAGAGGAGUUUCUCUGAGGUGGUGGAUGUCCCGGAGGAGGAGCUGGAGGGGAAUCGUUCGGAGUGGCGGAACACUACGAUCAUAGGGAGAAGUCUAGGGAGGUACGUCCCGACGGACUGGGUGGCGAGGGAGAUCAAAAGAGUUGGGCGCUUGGGAUAUAAUGUGGAGUGUUUUGUGUUAAUGGAUGGUUUCUUCGCCGUCCGGUUUGCGAACGAGGAUGAUCGGAAGGCUGCAAUGGUGAAUGGUCCGUGGAUGGUGGCCGGUCAGCUCCUUGCAAUGGAUCGGUGGCGCCCUAAUUUCAUCCCUGAUGAUGAGGGUGUCAGCCGGGUGGUCGUCUGGCUUCGCCUGCCGCGGUUGCCUUUGGAUUAUUGGAAGAAGCCGACCAUCCUGCGUAUAACAGCCAGUGCCGGUACCCCUCUGGCGUUGGAUGGAGUUACAGAGCAGGGGAGGCGGUGUGGUUUCGCCAGGGUGAAGAUUGCGCUGGACUGCUUAGCCCCACUCAAGCCGGGUACUCUUGUGAGGGGUACAUCGAAGGGGGUAGUGGAGGUUUUCUGGCAGGGCUUCAUCUAUGAAAACCUGCCGGCUCCCUGCUCCAGGUGCGGUAGGAUUGGGCAUGCGGUGACGGAGUGUGUUUUCUCCUUGCUGGAGGUCGAGGCGGUGGAAAAAGGGGAGAUUGGGGGAAAAGGAAAGGAAGCAUCAGGGAUGGAACCCCCGGUGGCGACGAGCCAGGUGAAUAGGGGAAAUGAUGAAUCGGAGGCGUUGCCGACGUUCGGUCCGUGGAUGGUCACGAGUCACUCUCGGAUCCCACGGGCGGCGAAGGUGCCGGCUCGGAGGAAGGCGACAACCGAGUUAGGGGCAAGGCCGAGCUCGAUGCCCACUUCUCCCCGUUCCGGCAUGAAACCUGUCGAGAAUAGGGCGGAAGCGGAGGCCUCUCCGAUCGACCUCAAUGGGUGGCAAAAGCCCACCAAGGUAGCUCGUCGAAGGACACUGGAGAAGGACGUCUCGGAAGCUAGCGGUGGCAUGAACACGGCCGGACCGAGUCAUCUCACCUAG